AUGCCCCCUUCUAGCGUAAGUAGUCAACAGAAUGCCUCCCCCAACAACAACAUCCAUCUCACUAUCUCAUCACAGACACCCUUUCGCGUUCCCUCUUCUCGUCGUCCCAAUUCCUCCGCUCGGCCCAACACUGGUCCCCAGUUCGCGUCAACACCCCGUUUCGUCCUCUCCCAGCAGACCCCUCGCUCAGCCGCACAGGUACAUGGCAAAGAUGACCUCACUGAUGGCGAUGAAUCUCCUCAAUCCACCCCUGUCGCGAAUAUACGGGCCGCCAAAAGAGACCAAGAUAUAAGGCCAACCCAGCGCCAGAAAGAGACAAUUGAAGACUCCGAUGACGAACUGGGUUACAACGGAGGAAUACACCGGACCUUGCCAGACGACAUUACCGGGGGCCCAGACCUGGAUAGUAGUCCACCAGGCGACGCAGGCGAGCUGGAGGCGGAAUUCGAAGCUCUCUUCGGACCGACGACGACACGAACAAAGCGAAGGCGCGCAUCGCUUGACCCGGAGAUACCCUUCACCCAGCGGAGGAAACACAAUGAUGAUAUAAUUCAGACCGAACUACCACUACUCCCCAGCAUUCAACACCAGCAACCAUCAAACCCUCUCAACGCAACAACCCUCGCUUCAUGCCAUCAGCCUCCCAGGCAUUCUCAAGUACCCAGCCCCAGCCAAGCUCUCGACCACUCCCCUUUGCUACACCGGGACCGACCUCCCCGAAACGGAAACCGGCGUUUCGUUCUGCCGCGCUCGCCAUCCCCGUCUCAGGCCGCUGAAGACCCCUCUGCUAUCCCUACCCCAUUUUCACCUUCAUCUCACACGCUCCGUGGCCGUGGCCGUCACCGCUCCGCAGCUCCCAGUUAUCUACCCGGCGGCAUGGCGGCUGAAGUGCGCAGCUGGAUAUUAGAAAUGAGCACCAAGCGAGAACAGAUGCACAUGAACCAUCGAAAUAACACCGGCGCCGGACCUGAUCUGCAAAAGUAUUUCCUCGCCGUUCGUAUCGCGGAUGUCCGCCAGUCCGCCCUCGCUAGUUCUGGGCCGCUUGCUUUCGUGCGAGGCAAACCUGUGACGUCACUGGAUGAUGAUGAAGACGCUUCUGGUAAUCAUGAGGGCAGUGAGAUGAGGACCAUUCUUCUUUUAGGGGCCCCGCGCUCCCAGCCAGCUGGGUUGUCGUCUCAGUAUCCAGAUGCUAGUCGUGUUCCUGGACUGGUUAGGGGGAACCUGGUGGGUGUUCAUCGGGGAUUGGUCUGGGAUUUAGAUUUGGAGGAUAGGCUGUCUGGAUAUGAUAUACCAAGUGAGCCCGAUAGCGAUGGACACGGGCAAUCUAGGACCACGACCAAGUGGCUGGUGUGUAUGGAGUGGGAUUUGAUAUCAGUAGAUUGA